AUGGGGCGAAAGGCUGGAAAUUUGUACAUAAACCCGAAAAAGUUUGGGUCUAUGGCAAAACCGUGUAUGAAAGAAAUGGUAGCGUUCCUCAACUGUUUGGCGCUUAACAACAUCAAAGAUGACAAAUGCGAUAAACAGAAGCAACUCUUGAGCGUUUGUAUGCAUGGCCAGACGGACCAGAAGUCGAAGUCAUGGGGAAACAUUAACUACCACUUGCAGAGGCUUACUCGCGGAAGAAAGUAA